UGAUUUUUGAUUUGGAAGCAGAGGAAAAUAUGGCCCUGCCGCUCAAGGCCUCCUCGCUCGGCGCGGCGCGGCGCAUUGUGACCACAAUAAUGCUCGUCGUGGCGUUGAUGGGCAUUCCCGGCGCACUCGCUGGCAGAGCUUCCAUUGGGCUUUAUUUUAUGCGCGGAUCGUACUAUUCUUGCGACACCUUCAGCGCAUGCGAGGCCUCCACCGACUGGACAGUCACAGUUGGGUCUACGAGCUUGAGCGGCGUCGGUCCGGAUUUCUUUCAAGAUGACAAUGCACCUGAAUGGGACUACGAGUUGCCCGCCUCCGAGCGCGCAACCUUCCAGUCGUACACUGGAACCUUCUCUGUGAAAUUCACAUUCAUCGAUAAUGAUGGGAUUGAAGAUGACACUCUCGGCUCAAUCACCAAAUCCUACACCGCAGGCUCGUCCUCCGGUUACACAUUUGUCACGCUUGCCAGUCCGGCGAGCUAUGUCGACUCGUUCACUUUUGGCUACCGUGUCUUUUGUGACACUGACUACUACGGCCCAACCUGUAGCACAUACUGCACCACCUCCACUGGAAGCUGCAGCGCGUGCGAUCCCGUGUCGGGCGCUUGCACGGCUUGCAAAUCAGGCUACACUGGCACUCCGUCCUGCUCCACUUGCGCCACCAACUACUAUCCGAGCGGCUCUGGUUCAUGUGUGUAUUGCGUACCCAAUAACGGUGGCUAUUACACUUGCUCAUCAACAGGCAGUAAGGUUUGCACUCCUGGCUACACUGGUACCAGUUGCAACACGCUCGUUACCUGCCCGACCGCUCCAGCUGCGCCGACCAACACCACCAAAAGCCAAUGCAGCUCUGUCAGCGCCAACUCCACUUGCACCUACCAGUGCAAUACUGGCUACUCAAUCUCUGCAGGCUCUCCAAACAUCACUUGCAGCACAACAGGCGCAUGGGCACCUACAGCUACAACUCUCAGAUGCGUUGAUACAAAUGAAUGCGCCGCUUCCAACGGCGGCUGCAACCAGACGUGUUUAAAUUCGGUUGGAUCGUACAGUUGUAGCUGCCUCACUGGCUACACGAAAAACGGCGACGGCAAAGGCGCAUCCGGCUGUCUCGACAACAACGAGUGCAGCAGCGCCAACGGCGGCUGCCAGCACAUCUGCACCAAUCUCCCUGGGUCCUACGCUUGCUCGUGCAACAGUGGAUACCAGCUGCAGCCUGACGCCAAAUCUUGCGUCAACAUCAACGAGUGCACGACUGGAACGCACAACUGCGCUGCGAAUGCCACUUGUGCCGACACUAUUGGCUCGUUUACUUGCACCUGCAAGGCUGGCUUUUCCGGCAACGGAACGCACUGCGACGACGUGAAUGAGUGCAAUGGCAUCCCGUUCCCGUGCAGCAGUAACGCCCUCUGCACCAACACCCCUGGAAAUUACUCGUGCGCCUGCAAGCCUGGCUUUUCGGGCAAUGGUUUGGAGUGCGCGGCUGAUGGUCGCGUUGCGUUUGAUGCUUCGUCUCGCUUCCUGGUGGUUCGUCGACCCGACUCAGGCACGAGCACGAUCUCCUUGGUUGUUGAAGCUCCAGUCCAGGUUGAUGCGACUGUUCAAUUUUCCAUCAGCUCGGCAUCUUUGACUGCUGCUUCUUCGGCACCGCUGCAGUUUUCUUCGACAGUGCAUCAGCAGACCAUCACACUGAACCUUGCUGCAAGCGGCAGCGCGUUGGCCCAAGAAACGGUCGACAUUCAACUUGCCAACCCCCUCAACAUGGCCUUGGAUGACCACUUCAACAGGUCUCAGAUUGUGAUUGAAGCCAGCCAGUCGCAGUUUGGCACGGUCGGCGUGUCCGCUGGCUCCCGGCAGAUCAGCUUGAGCAACGUCAUGGCCAACCCCGAGUUCUCAAUCACGUUGGAGCGUUUCAGCGCCGUUUCCUAUGCCUCGGCCGUCGAUGUCACGUUUUCCGUGACCUCCACUGUGGCCAGUGCCACCACAUUCGUUGCGACAAUUCCCGCAGGCCAGCAAACUGUUGCGGUUCCCAUUACGGUGCCAAACAUGGGUACUCCGACCGUCCCUUCAACGCUGACGUACACCAUCACUGCUGCGACCGCUGUGACUCUUGGCGAAGCGACUCCGAUUGGCUACUACGGAUCAUCGGUUGUUGCAGUGCCCGAACAUGACUACCCCUACGGUCUGUUCAGCAUUGCCAAUACUGCAUCCUCCUGGCCUGAACCAUCAUCGGCCAGUCUCACCAUCACACGUGCCGGUGGUAGCGUUGGCACUGUCACUGUCCGCGUCACUCCGUACGCUGUCGCAUUCAACACGUCAACUGGCACACCUGUGGCCACCAUCGACUUGGAUUUCGCUUCGACACCUGUGGAUGUCGAGUUUACCGCUGGAAUCCUGACCAAGAACGCUCUUGUUGCCAUCCUGGAUGACACCAUUCCUGAACUCGCCGAGGUCUUUGGCGUUCGCCUCGAGAUUGUCAGCGGCGGCGGUGCGGUUGACUCGACUGCUUCCAACGUUCUGGUGACAAUUGCGGAAAGCGACAGCCCGCAUGGCGUUUUGGCAUUUGACGCUGCCACAUUGGCGGUUGACGAGCCAGCUUCUGACAGCAACGUGUCCAUUACCAUUACUCGAACGGCAGGGCUGUUUGGCGACGUUACGUUUGCCUGGGCGACCUCCAUCACCGGCUCCGACCACGAUGUCAAUGCCCAAGCUGGAUUGGACUUUGUGGAAGGCGCAGGCACUGUGACGCUGCUUCAGGGCCACUCGAGUGCGGUCAUUCAGGUCGUCAUUCGUGCGGAUUCGCUUCCGGAACUGGACGAGACGUUUGCUGUUACCCUGUCCAGCCCCACUGGCGGUGCCACCUUGGGUGCACAGUCGACAAUCACAGUGACCAUUAACAAGAACGACAAACCCUACGGCACCAUUGGCUUUGUCACUCCAACGUUGACCAAGUCGGCCGAUGGCAGUGCACGGUUCCUCGUCACUCGUGGCUCAACUUUCACUGCAGAGGUUGCGCGCUAUUUCGGCACGUUCGGAACUGUGACAGGCGAUGCCACCUUGCAAUUCACAACACCGGUGACUGCCGCUGACUUUAACAAUCAAGUGGUGCGGACUGUGAGCUUUGCGGCUGGCCAGACGUCGCAGACAUCCAACUCUUUCAAUGUCGUUGCCGCUCAAGCCCCUGUUCGUCUGUUCAACAUUGUUCUGAGUCCCAGCUCGGGAUCUCUGGCGACGCUCGAUGCUGACACCCCUUCUGUCAUUCCAUGUGCCAUCGAGGCCAGCAACGCCGUGGACGGCGUCGUCCGUUUCACUUCCCUCACAUUCGUUGCUCAGGAGAGCGCUGGUGUUGCGCUCGUCACGGUGGAGCGGACUGGCUCAGCGCUUGGUGCCGUGACGUUCACUUACAGUGUCCGAACUGGCACAGCCGGCGGUGAAGACUUUGACGCCUCCAUCCAGGACGCGCCCGUUGUGAUUGAAGCUGGUGCAGCGAGCACGGUGAUUAGCAUUGCGGUUGACGACGACGACAUUCCCGAGCUGGACGAGACGUUCACUGUGCUCUUGACGGGCAUCACUGCGGGCUCCGCCUACCUCACCUAUGCCUCUGUGGCCACGGUCACGAUUGCGGCCAACGACGAUCCGUACGGCCGGAUGGAGUUUGCACCCUCUGGCAAUCCGCUUGGCGAUGAUGUCUACACGGUUUGGGAGGGCACCCCUUCGUUGACCAUUCCUGUGCUGCGCAACGCUGGUGUUCUUGGCGCAGUGGCUGUCACUGUCGUCGCAGGCACGAACGCGUCCAUCGCCCCGUUCACACCCUUCCUUCAUCGUUACCAUCCGGACGAAGGCGUAUCCUUGACUUCGGACUUGCAAGUCACGUCACCACUCGUGGUGCACUUUGCUGCCGGCCAGAGCAGCACGACGGAUGUGCUUGUGCUGACCAUUCGCAACGAUGACAUCCCCGAAGGAACCAAAGCCUUGUACCUUGCCUUGCAAAACCCAACAAAUGGCGCCACACUCGGCCCGCUGAGUGUCAUCAUGGUUGAACUGCGGGACAGCGACGAGGAGGCCAAAGAUGACGCGGGAAUGGCUGUGGGAAUUGGCGCUGGCAUUGGCGGCGGCAUUUCCCUGCUCAUCUUGCUCAUCUUCCUCCUGGUGGUGCUUGCUCGACGACGCCGCCGCUCUGCAAAGCUGAUUGGACAACCGACUCGUUCGCGAACCAACAGCAUGAGCGGCACCACUCCGAGCGGCAUGCAGCUGAAUACGUUGCAUUCCAAAUCGAGCAGUGCUGCGAUCAUUUACGACAACGUCUACGUUGCAGACAGUGCACACGACGCGAACAAGUCGGCGCACCACUAUGACAACGUUGGCUACAAGUCAGAUGGCCAUUACGCGGAUGUUGGCACGUUCGGACAACAAGCACCGUCGCAGUACGCGGCUGUGAACACGUCCAAGCCGCGGACAUCUGCAGCUCCGCACUACAAGUCGCCAACGCCAAGCACUGCAGGCUAUGCCGCCCCUGGUGCUAUGACUACGCCGUACAGUAGCCCGACCCCUGUGCUCAACUAUGCAGUCAUUGAAACCGACGACGGCGUCGCUGCCGCUUGGCCACCACCGGCAGCAACAACGACCUCUGCUGCAGCUCCGCUCGAUUACGCGGGUAUCGUCCCUGCGCCGUUGGCGUCCCGCAACGUUUCCAAUGUAUCCAACCCCGACAGGUCGCGUUCUCUUUAGAGCCUCUCGUUGUACUUCUUGUGUAUUUCUUUUUGAGUGAGUUUGUGUGUGUGAGUGUUUGGAUUGAUUGAUGAGCGAAUGUACAUUUUUUGCAUUGAAGUUAUCAUUGUUUUUUAAUACAGUUUACUGUGCUUUUUCA